AUGUCUUCCCUGAAAGACUUUAAAUUGGACAUCACGCUGGUGGAUAACGGCAAUUUGGCAACCUACACGGUGCUGAAUAUCCCUUCACAUUUCAUUCGCUUCUGGAAAGUGCCCCUUGUUGCCAUUUUGUGUGGCACGUUAGUGCUGAUCAUUCUACGGCUUGCCGCUGAAGCCGGCUACGUCUUCGAAAUGGUUGAUAUUUAUCUCCCUCUGUUGGAAAUAUUUCUUGCUGAAGUGGGUUACAACGUUCAAGAUGUUCCUGUUCUUCAAUCGCUUUCCGAUGGUGCCGUCAGAAAGUUAUGCCUUAUCACGUUCAUUGUGGUGCUUUCAUGUAUUAUAACAGCCCUCAUAUCGCUCCAGGAGCCCCAGGACAGCAUCAUGGUCAUCAAAGAUGUCGGCAUUCAGCUCAGCAGUCGGGACAUGUGGGGCUUCACAAAGAAAGAGUUUAUCCCGUUGUCUGAUACGAUAGAUAUCGUGAUACACGAAGGCUUCUACGGAUUUGCGCAGGUGAUCUUCUACAUGUGCGUGUUGACGCUGCCUAAACAUAGAAGCGGGUCGGAAGAGAAUGGCAUCAAGAUAGUAUUCCCCAACUUCUUACCCCGUAAACCCAUCCUCGUGGAUGUAUGCCGCCAGAGCCGUGAGAUGCUUUUUGGAACGACGAAAAGAUACACCCAGGAGAAAAUUUAA